AUGGACAAUCUUGCCUUGUCAAAUUAUCCAGAGCAGCGAACUCAAUGGCCAGUGCAAGCCGCCGAAGCUUUACGGUUUAUUCACUCUAAGAAUGUGAUUCAUAGCGACUUUGGGAGCCAUAAUUUCUUGAUCCAGGAAGACGGCGGCUUGGCCUUGGCAGAUUUUGGCGGCUCUCAAAUUGAUGACACUUCACCUGUGGUAUCAUAUUUGACCCGAUAUGCGAGACCGGGCUCUGAUAGUGUUGUCUCUACUGAAAUCGACGACAUAUUUGCUCUUGGAACGAUGAUCUAUGAGAUCAGCGUUGGACAUCUGUUGUACUCCGAUAGAUCUAGCAGAGAAAUCCAGAAAUUAUUGCGUCAGCAUGAGUUUCCGGAUCUAGACACUGUUGCUUCAAAUCUCCAGGUAAUAAUCAGGAAAUGUUGGUCAAACGGUUACCAGACUGCAGAAGAAGUUGUACAGGAUUUAGAGGCUACACCCCCUCCAUCCAACUCGCACCUACUCUGCGUUACUGGACUUUCUUUGGGAAUAAAGGAGAAGCUAGCCUACAUCGGCAUUGAACAACCUAAUGGACAUAACGUCUUGUUCCUUUGA